AUGUCCGCUCAUCCGCACCCGCAGGGUGCCCAGCAGGACCACUAUGAUGAUGGCUACAACGGACAGGGCCACGGCGAUGCCUACUACCAGGAUCAGCAAGGAGGAGCAUACUACGACCAGUAUGACUACCCCCAGGGCGGCCAGCACCCGCCGCAGGGAGAUGGCUACUAUGACAGGGCUGGAGAUUCUCAGCACUACCCGCAAGACGGGUACUAUGACAACAACAACCAGCAGCAGUACUACCAGGACGACUACUAUGACAACCAGUACUACGACAAUGGAGCCGGAGACCCCAACCAGCCCCGUGGCAGACGCCGGCCUCACGACUCAGAGGAGGACUCGGAGUCGUUCAGUGACUUCACCAUGAGAUCUGACGCUCGUGGAGGUGACGAAUACUACGGCCGUGGAGACGAACGGUACAACAGCUACAGCGAGAGCCAGAUGGGAGGACGAGGAUACCGACCACCGUCCUCUCAAAUCUCUUAUGGCAACCGGUCUUCCGGAGCAGCCACCCCGAUCUAUGGAACUGAUGCUCUCCCCAUGGGUACCCGAUCCCGCGAGCCAUAUCCUGCGUGGACCUCUGAUGCUCAGAUCCCGCUCUCCAAGGAAGAAAUCGAGGAGAUCUUCUUGGACUUGGUGAACAAGUUUGGCUUCCAACGUGACAGCAUGCGUAACAUGUAUGAUCACUUCAUGGUGCAGCUCGACUCUCGAGCCUCACGUAUGACUCCCAACCAGGCUUUGCUUUCCCUCCACGCCGACUACAUUGGUGGUGAGAAUGCCAACUACCGACGCUGGUACUUUGCCGCCCAUCUCGACCUCGACGAUGCUGUUGGAUUUGCCAACAUGAAGCUUGGAAAGGCCAAUAGACGCACCCGCAAGGCCAGAAAGGCUGCCAAGAAGAAGGCCGGCGAGGAGCAAAAGGACGAGGCAGAGACCUUGGAAGCACUAGAGGGCGACAACAGCCUGGAAGCCGCUGAAUACAGAUGGAAGACUAGAAUGAACCGCAUGUCUCAGCACGACAGAGCUCGCCAGGUUGCCUUGUACCUGCUGUGUUGGGGUGAAGCUAACCAAACCCGAUUCAUGCCUGAGUGUCUUUGCUUCAUCUUCAAGUGUGCCGAUGACUACCUGGGCUCCCCUGAAUGCCAAAACCGAGUUGAGCCAGUGCCCGAGUUCACCUAUCUCAACGACAUUAUCACCCCCUUGUACCAGUACUGCCGUGACCAAGGUUACGAGAUUUACGAGGGCAAGUACGUCCGUCGUGAACGUGACCACAAUAAGAUUAUCGGUUACGACGACUGCAACCAGCUCUUCUGGUAUCCAGAGGGUAUCGAGCGCAUCGUGUUUGAAGACAAGACCCGCUUGGUUGACAUUCCACCAGCCGAGCGAUGGAACAAGCUCAAGGACGUCGCCUGGAAAAAGGUGUUCUUCAAGACCUACAAGGAAACCCGCUCCUGGUUCCAUAUGAUUGUCAACUUCAACCGUAUCUGGAUCAUUCACGUUACUGCUUUCUGGUUCUAUACCGCUUUCAACUCUCAAACGCUCUAUACCAAAAACUAUCAGCAACGAGUGGACAAUCGACCACCUGCUGCUGCCAUCUGGUCGGCGGUGGGUCUAGGUGGUGCCAUUGCUUCAUUUAUCAACAUCUGGGCCACCAUUGCUGAAUGGUGUUAUGUUCCUCGUCAGUGGGCCGGAGCACAGCAUUUGACAAAACGACUUUUCUUCCUGCUCGCAGUGUUCGCGGUAAAUCUUGGACCCAGUGUAUACGUGUUCUUCAUCAGCUCGAACUUGGAGAAAGACAAGAUCGCCCUCGCUCUCGGAAUUGCUCAAUUUUUCAUCGCCUUGGUAACCUUCAUCUUCUUCUCGGUCAUGCCACUUGGUGGUCUUUUCGGUAGUUACCUCAAACGAAACUCCCGUCAGUACGUGGCCAGUCAAACAUUCACUGCCAGCUACCCUCGACUCAAGGGUAAUGAUAGGUGGAUGUCCUAUGGUCUUUGGGUUUGCGUCUUCGGGGCCAAACUUGGCGAGUCCUAUGUCUUCCUGACUCUUUCGUUGAAAGAUCCGAUCCGCAUUCUAGCCAACACGAAGAUCAGUGUCUGCCAGGGUGAUGUGAUUUUGAAGGAUUUGCUUUGCAAGUUCCAACCACAAAUUCUCCUUGGACUUAUGUUCUUCACCGAUCUGGUCCUCUUCUUCUUGGAUACAUAUCUGUGGUAUAUUAUCUUGAACGCCAUCUUCUCAGUCGCCAGAUCCUUCUACCUCGGUGUAUCGAUCUGGACACCAUGGAGAAACAUUUUCUCUCGACUGCCCAAGCGUAUCUACUCCAAGGUCCUCGCCACAACUGACAUGGAAAUCAAAUAUAAGCCAAAGGUUCUUAUUUCCCAAGUGUGGAAUGCCGUCGUUAUCUCCAUGUACCGUGAGCAUCUCCUUGCCAUCGACCACGUUCAGAAGCUGCUGUACCACCAAGUCCCAUCCGAGCAGGAAGGGAAGCGAACUCUCCGGGCUCCAACCUUCUUCGUUUCUCAGGAAGAUCACUCUUUCAAGACCGAGUUUUUCCCACCUCUUAGUGAAGCUGAACGUCGUAUAUCUUUCUUCGCUCAGUCUCUGUCCACUCCCAUCCCAGAACCAGUACCAGUCGACAACAUGCCAACGUUCACUGUUUUGAUCCCACAUUACGGCGAGAAGAUCCUUUUGUCUCUGCGAGAGAUUAUCCGUGAAGAUGAACCUUACUCUCGUGUUACUCUGUUGGAGUACCUUAAACAGCUGCACCCCCAUGAAUGGGAUUGUUUCGUUAAGGACACAAAGAUCUUGGCUGAUGAGACCUCUCAAUUCAACGGUGACGACGAAAAGAACGCAAAGGAUGCGCAGAAGAGCAAGAUCAAUGACCUCCCGUUCUACUGUAUCGGUUUCAAGUCUGCGGCUCCUGAAUAUACCCUUCGCACGCGUAUUUGGGCUUCUCUCCGCUCUCAAACUCUAUACCGUACCAUCUCUGGAUUUAUGAACUACAGCCGUGCCAUCAAACUUCUAUACCGUGUUGAGAAUCCUGAAGUCGUGCAAAUGUUCGGCGGCAACUCUGACAAAUUGGAACGUGAAUUGGAGCGCAUGGCUCGCCGCAAGUUCAAGAUCUGUGUUUCCAUGCAGCGAUUCGCCAAAUUCAACAAGGAAGAACGUGAAAAUACCGAAUUUUUGCUUCGCGCUUACCCGGACCUUCAGAUCGCCUAUCUGGACGAAGAACCUCCAGCCAACGAAGGCGAGGAACCAAGACUAUUCUCUGCUUUGAUUGAUGGGCACUCUGAGAUUUUGGAGAACGGACUUCGACGACCCAAGUUCAGAGUUCAGCUUUCCGGUAACCCCAUUCUUGGAGACGGAAAAUCUGAUAACCAGAACCACGCUAUCAUUUUCUACCGCGGUGAAUAUAUCCAGCUUAUCGACGCCAAUCAGGACAACUACCUCGAAGAAUGCUUGAAGAUCCGAAGUGUGCUCGCUGAGUUUGAGGAAAUGACUACUGAGAAUAUCUCCCCAUACACCCCAGGACUGCCACCAAUGAAUUUCGACCCCGUUGCCAUUCUUGGAGCUCGUGAAUAUAUUUUCUCUGAAAACAUUGGUAUCCUCGGUGACGUUGCUGCUGGAAAGGAACAAACGUUCGGUACUCUCUUCGCUCGUACUCUUGCACAGAUUGGUGGCAAGCUGCAUUAUGGACAUCCUGAUUUCUUGAACGCCAUUUUCAUGAAUACCCGUGGUGGUGUUUCUAAGGCUCAAAAGGGUCUACAUCUUAACGAGGAUAUUUACGCUGGUAUGAAUGCCUUACUCCGUGGUGGUCGCAUCAAGCACUGCGAAUACUACCAGUGCGGUAAAGGUCGUGAUCUCGGAUUUGGCUCCAUUCUUAACUUCACUACGAAAAUUGGUACUGGAAUGGGUGAACAAAUGUUGUCUCGCGAAUACUACUACCUGGGAACUCAAUUGCCACUCGAUAGGUUCUUGUCCUUCUUCUACGCCCAUCCUGGUUUCCACAUCAACAACAUCUUUAUCAUUUUGUCUGUGCAGCUGUUCAUGAUCUGUCUUAUCAAUCUUGGAGCCUUGAAACAUGAAACCAUUCUGUGUAUCGUCAAGAAAGGUGUUCCAAUCACCGAUCCACUGCUGCCAACCGGAUGCGCGGACCUUAACCCCAUCAAAGACUGGGUCAACCGUUGUAUCUUGUCUAUUUGCAUCGUUUUCCUGCUGUCCUUCCUUCCCCUCGUUGUCCAAGAAUUGACAGAGAGAGGUUUCUGGCGAGCGGCUACCCGUUUAGCUAAACAUUUUGGAUCCUUUUCGCCUCUCUUCGAGGUCUUCGUUUGUCAGAUCUACGCCAACUCUCUGCAUAACAACUUGUCCUUCGGUGGCGCUCGAUAUAUCGGUACUGGUCGUGGUUUUGCUACUGCUCGUAUUCCAUUUGGCAUCCUCUACUCGCGAUUCGCUGGCCCGUCCAUCUACCUAGGCGCACGGUCACUUAUGAUGCUUCUAUUUGCAACUGCGACAGUUUGGUUACCUGGUCUAUUAUACUUCUGGGUAUCCCUCCUGGCUCUCUGCAUCUCGCCCUUCCUGUUCAACCCUCACCAGUUCUCUUGGAACGAUUUCUUCAUUGAUUAUCGUGACUAUUUGAGAUGGCUGUCCCGCGGUAACUCGCGCUCCCACGCCUCUUCCUGGAUCGCUUACUGCCGCCUCUCACGUACCCGAAUCACUGGUUACAAGCGUAAAAUCCUUGGUUCCCCAUCCGAGAAACUAUCCGGUGAUAUUCCACGAGCCCAUUUCACGAAUAUUUUCUUCAGCGAGAUCGUCGGUCCAUUGGUCCUGGUUGCUGUGACCCUGAUUCCAUACCUUUUCAUCAACGCACAGACGGGUGUCACCGCCGAUAAAAACCCUGAUGUUAAGAUUAAACCGACCAAUUCUCUCAUCCGGGUUGGUCUUGUUGCUCUGGGUCCAAUCGCACUCAAUGCAGGUGUCUGUCUUGGAAUGUUUGCCAUGGCAUGUUGUAUGGGCCCGGUUCUCAGCAUGUGUUGCAAGAAAUUCGGUGCCGUCCUCGCUGCCAUUGCUCACGCAUUCGCAGUUGUUGGUCUCUUGAUCUUCUUUGAAGUGAUGUUCUUCCUUGAGGGCUUCUCCUUCAGCCGAACUCUGGCGGGAAUGAUUGCUGUCACUGCAAUUCAACGAUUCGUCUUCAAGCUUAUCAUUGGCCUAGCCCUGACCAGAGAGUUCCGACAAGACGAUGCCAACAUCGCCUGGUGGACAGGUAAAUGGUAUGGCAUGGGAUGGCAUUCUAUGUCUCAGCCUGGUCGUGAAUUCCUCUGUAAAAUCACCGAGCUCGGCAUGUUUGCCGCGGAUUUCAUCCUUGGCCAUGUUAUAUUGAUACUCAUGCUUCCAGCCUUGUGCAUCCCAUAUGUUGACAAGGGUCAUUCAGUCAUUUUGUUCUGGCUAAGACCAAGUCGCCAAAUUCGUCCUCCAAUCUAUUCCCUGAAGCAGUCGAAACUCCGCAAACGCCGUGUCAUCCGCUUUGCCAUCCUAUACUUUGCCAUGUUCUUCCUCUUCGCGCUUGUUAUCGCCGGUCCGCUAAUUAUCAAGACCCUCAAGUUGAACUUGCCAAAGGACCUCCCACUGCAGUUGUUGCAGCCCACUGGCCUGAACAAUAACGACACCAGUAGUUCUAUCACUGGCGGUCCUUUGCCUGGCCAGGCUGAAAGCACCGAUAACGCGAAGCUCUUCAGAUUCUAA